UUCAAAUACCAAUAAUAAUAAUUCAAUUUUUAAAUGUAUCAUUAUUAUUAGUAUGUGAAGUAGUACUUAAGUAAAGGCUGAUGAAAAUCAGGUGAGGUCGUUCCACUACCGUAUAUACCAAAUUUUGGUCCAAUCAAAUUUUUAUGUUUAGAAGCUCAACAUCCACACAUCAAUACUUAAGCUUCACACUAAGAAAAAAAAAAAAAUGUUCCGUAAAUCUAUCCAAAGAUUAGCUGUUCGUCAUCAAUCUUCUGUUGCCAAGAGUGCUCCAAGACCAUUAUCUAACGCUUAUGUUGGAAAAUUAGAAACCAGAUGGACUUCUUUACCAAAGGAAGAUCAAUCUGCUUUAAUUGAUAGUUUAAAGACCAGAAUGGAAUUACCAUGGCAAGAAUUGACUCCUGCUGAAAAGAAAGCCGCAUACUAUAUUUCUUUUGGUGAAUGGGGUCCAAGAAGACCUUUAUAUGGUCCAGGUGAUCAAGCUAAAGUUGUUUAUGGUGUCCUUGGUGGUAUUUUUGCUUCGAUCGUUAUAUAUGCCGGUAUUAGAGCUAUCUCUGCUCCAGCUCCAGCUACUGUUAACAGAGAAUGGCAAGAAGCCUCUGAUGAAUAUCUUAAAUCUAAGAAUGCUAACCCUUUCACUGGUUAUUCCCAAAUUCAAUAGAUGGAACAAUUCAUUCAUAUAUUCAACGUUAUGACAUUCUAAUUUCAUCAUUUUCAUCAUCAACUUCAUCACUAUUUCAUUCUUUACAAUCGAAUCAAUUCACUCGCAAAAUCUUUUCCCCUAUUCAAACCCCGUAUAGUGCGGUAUCAAUCCCCAUUCAAUUUAUUUGAAAUGAUUACUACUACCUAUAUAAAAUAUUCAUGAAAAAUUCAUUAACAAUAAUUAUUCUUAAUUAAAAGAAUAAUAUUCCAUUAAAUUUUUAACAUAAACGUUCCCUUUUGCAUAAUCCAACACCUUGAAUUUGAUUUUUAAAUUUUUAGUAACCAAUUUUUUUUUACCAAUGCUAGCUUCAUUGUAACUUUCUCAGCUAUAAUGGAUUUAGUAAAUAUAAUAAUAAUGAGUUUUAUUAUCUUUUAGUUUCUACUAUUAUCAGUUCUACUUUUUUAAGUCUCUUUCCAUUUUCAAUAAACAAAUAAGACUGAAUUGGUUUACAUUUGU